AUGUCAUAUUAUCCUCGUUUGGAUGAAAAUGAACACUGUCGCAUUUGUCUUAUUCCGAUCUCGCAAUUAUCUCAAUUAGUGGAAAAGAAGAGGGAUGUCGGAAUUUAUGCUGCCGGUUGGUGGUUUUUUAUUGAUGCAGUAGUUCUUUCUGCCACCAAGCAAGAUUUACCUCAAGAUUCACCAGUAAUAAAUUUUGAGGAUUGGUUAUGCGGAAUUUUUAGUACGUUGGGAAUGAUAAUGUAG